UCAAAACAACCAUCACCUGGUUUUCCAUCUCUAUAUAUACCAUACAGCACUAAAUUCAUUCAUUCAUUCAUUCCUCUCUCAAUCUCAUCUUCACCUUAUUCUAAGAUCACUCUGAAUUUAGUUUGCCUCUUUCUUUCCUCAUCAUCACAACAGAAAAAGAAUGUUUUCCAGGUCUUACAUCCUCCUCUGUCUUCUCCUCACAUUAGCUUUGCCUAAUGCAGAAACCAGGCCUUUUGCUCCCACCAAUUCUUCACCACUUCAGGGUGAGAAGAAAGCAGAAGGGGGGAGGAGAAUAGGGUCAUUUGCACCAAGGUGUGAUCACAAAUGCUAUGGAUGCAUGCCUUGCGAAGCCAUCCAAGUGCCAGCCACCAACGGCGGCGGAGGAGGCGGCGCUGCGGCGGGUGUUCAGCAGUACACAAACUAUGAACCUGAAGGCUGGAAAUGCAAGUGUGGGCCCGCCCUUUACAGUCCUUAGUUCAACUUCUACACCAAUACAUAUGUUAUAUUGAAGAGGCCGGCCAUUAUCAUGCAUGAAUGGAUGGGCGGAGCAGUAGUUUUUGUUCUCAAAUAUAUAUAAUGAGAUGAGAUUUGUUGUGUAGAAAUCAUUUCGCCAAUUAUGACGGAUGAAACUAAUAGACUAUUCCAUUCUAUUUUGUGUCUGUUUUUGGACUUUUGGGAAGCCACUUGGUUUAGUUGGAGCUUUAAUUUGGUGAUGCAUACAAGGAAAAUAAAGUACAUGCAUAUACAUGAUGGUCCUAAAAGUUUUUUCUUAGCUUCAUCA